UGGCAACCCAAGGCAGUCAGCGUGCAUGCAGUAUUGUGCAGGAGCAGCAGACUCCCCGCAGGGUUCCCCAGGGUUACACACACACACACACACACACACUGCUGUUUAGAUGGCUGACAGAAAGGAGUAACUUAGCGAACGGUGCUGCAAACACUGUGAUCAUCCAGCAAGUGUCUCGGGGCACUAACAACGACACAAUGGAGGAAGAAUUUGAAGAUAUCGAUUCGUCCGGGGGAUGGCAAAACCUUUUCAAUGAGAUCCGUAACCAAGCCAGUGAAUAUCCCUUCAAAGUGGCAAAACUUCCAGCGAAUCGGAAUUUGAACCGCUACAGAGACGUCAGCCCAUAUGACCACAGUCGAGUUAAACUCGAAAACUCUGAAAAUGACUACAUCAACGCCAGUUUAGUCAUGGUGGAGGAGGCCCAGCGAGCUUACAUUCUCUCUCAGGGGCCUUUGAGGAACACCUGUGGUCAUUUCUGGCUGAUGAUUUGGGAGCAGUGUUCCAAAGCUGUUAUAAUGCUCAACAGAGUCAUUGAAAAGGGAUCUGAAAAGUGUGCACAGUACUGGCCCACCACAGAGGAGCUGCAGAUGUCUUUUACAGACACGGGGUUCGUUGUCAGGCUGCUUUCAGAAGAGGACCGGUCCUAUUACACCAUCCGAGUGCUGGAACUGCAGAACACAGUGACGGGUGAGUCGAGGGAGAUCUACCACUUCCACUACACCACGUGGCCUGACUUCGGCGUCCCGGAAUCCCCUGCCUCCUUCCUCAACUUCCUCUUCAAGGUGCGGGAGUCCAGCUCUCUGGGAUCGGAGCACGGGCCCUCGGUGGUGCACUGCAGCGCCGGGAUCGGACGCUCGGGGACCCUCGCCCUGGUGGACACCUGCUUGGUGCUGAUGGACAGGAGGAAGAACCCGUCGUCGGUGGAGAUACAGAAAGUGCUGCUAGACAUGAGGGAAUACCGCAUGGGCCUGAUCCAGACCCCAGACCAGCUCCGCUUCUCCUACAUGGCGGUCAUUGAGGGAGCAAAGCUCAUCCCGACCGUAAACUCAGCAGCCCAGCAGAACAAGCAGAGAGCGAUGUCCACAGACGACUUGGAGGAGCCCGAUCUGCCCUCUCUACCACCUCCACCACCACCACCACCACCACCCCCUCCACCCCGGCCUUGCCUCAACGACAACAGCAGGCCCAACGGUCAGCCAGGACCCUGCCCGGAGACCCAGGCCGCCUCGGGAGACCACCUUUCGGCGGAAGAGCCGGACAGCCCGGACCAGAACGUGGCAGAGAACUCUGGGCAGGUGAGAAAGCGUCAUCGUGAGGAGAGAAUCGCCAGCACCUCACAGAAGGUCCAGCAGAUGAAACAGAGACUGAGCCACUCGGAGAGGAAACGGGACAACUGGCUGUACUGGAGACCCAUCCUGCUCAACGUCGGCGCCGGGGCGGCCGUGGCCGUCGGCCUGCUGGUGUGCUGGAUAUACUCCCAGUGAACACACUUAACAAAAAAAAACAAAAAUACAACGGACUCCUAUUUUGCACCAGUACCUGGGAUUAGGUACUUCCCUAAGUAGACGUAGACGGUAACACAAGCAUAACUGAGGGUAUUUAUUUCUUAAGGUCAAAAAAUGUGGGAGCGCUAGAUCAAAAAAUGAUUGUGUGUGUGUGUGUGUGUGUGUGUAUUUUUCAUGUUAUGAUCUUAACAAACAAACAAAAAAUGAGUAACAUCUCAGGAUCUUGGUGCCAGCACGACGAUUUUCAUUUCCUUCUUGCCACUCGAUGAAUGUACUGUAUCAUAGCGAAUCGCUUUGAGAGCAAACUUAUGAAAGCUGCAGUGCAAAGCAGGAGAGAAAUAAUAACUCUGACGCGUUUUUGUUUUUCCUUAUUUGUAACGGUCAGGUGCUUGUCGAUCGUCCGUGGACACCUUUAACAUUUCAAAUAACUUGUUGCGUUGACUGUCCGACCAUAAGACCCCCAGAGCCUAGAGCCAAAUAGUUUUGUUUUUUUCUGCAAUGAAAUGUGCAUAUCAUGCAUACAUUUAGAGGUUUUUCCAGAGCACCACUUGUUCUUCCACUCACAUUUAGCAGGGCAUCCCGAUACGGCCAGAUUUAUAUUUUUGUGUGACUGGAUACUUCACGGAGAGCUGCCCUGCUGAUGUUUCAAACCUCUUUCUCUGUUAUAUGAGCACCUUUUUUCAUAGAUUUUGGUUGUUGCAUUCAUUGUAAAAGUCUGUCACUGCUUGGUGCGUGUAUUUACCCACUGGAUGGGUUUAUGUGUGCACUUUCAGUUUUUUUAGUUUUUUUUUUAGGAAAACCAAAGCAAAGGUGUCUGUAACAGCAAGGCAAGCUGUUAAAUUAAUGAAAUCUUGUCCUGGAAUGUAUUUUUCCGUUUGAAUCUCUUGAACAUAACUGACACAAAAAAUGACGCGUAUCUUCUUAAUUUGAUCACAUAGAAGCGACAAAAAAUGGGUUGUGAAUUGACUGGGACCAAUCUAAAGCUAUAAUAGUGCAAUUGAGCAGAGCACCUUGGGUUUGUAGUUAGGAGGUCGUUAGGUGUUUGUUUGCUGGUGGAGAUAGCUUUAAAUGUGCCUUGAUGUGAAUUAAUUGUCGGAAGAAAAAAAAAAGGGUGUGUUCCAAGGUUUCCUAGCAAGAUCAGAUAAAGGUUUAUGAGAGCCAUUGUUUCCCACAUAACAUGAGUAACACGUUAGCACCACAUUGCCCGGUUUGUAGCAACUUGAGGUGUGAUCAAUAGUUGAUUGUACACCAAAUGUGUCAUAAGCAGGUACUGACCCCUUGGGAUGAAAUGGGCGCUUGGCUGAUUUGCCAGUUGCCGCUGUUGGACAUGACUUUGACUCAUUUAACCCAGAAGAGACACGUUUUACCGUAACAUUCCAUUCAUGUUGUUUUUUCACAUUAAGAUUUCAGGGGAGUUUUUGUACACUGCUAAAAGCUGCAGUGAGAACAUGACAGAUGGUGUUUUUGAAAGAGAGAGUAAAAAAAAGAGCAAGCAAAACAUGAAAUACUUCUUAAAAUAAAACAUUCAUCUUUUUUUUUCUUUUUUUUUUUACCAAACCCUUCUUGUCUGCCUGUGUUCUUUCUUUAUAUUCCCUUGUGUCAGUAAAGCAGCUUUACAGUGUCCACCCGCAGCUCUCGCUUUCUCUGUGCUACAGUCCUAAUUUCAUUCCCACCAUGAGCUAAAUCAAUGCAGCCAGACUGAAGGCCUCCCACCAUGGAUUCCAGGAAUUGAUUCAAUAUUUCAAGAAGAGGCCUUGCUCAUAUCGACUACUGUAGUAAUUUAAUUUUCUCUUGUCUGUGGGAUUGCAUUGUGGAGAAGGAAGUACUAUUUGUUUUAUGAGCUGUCCACUGAAAGAAACAAUGUAUUUUUGAUACCCUUUUGAGUACUAUAAACAGAAUAAUCAUACAAAAUG